UUCUUAUUGAUUCAACACUUUGAGUUGUUUCUUCCACUUAAAAAAAUGUCUUCCUACCUGGUAUCGGUAGUGAGAUACAUUUAUUGCAAAUCACGCUGGAUUUGAAGGGCUUUACACAAGCCACAGUUUAAGAGCUACAGCUGCAAUGCAUUUCUCUAAUCAUACGGUUUAAUUUGUGAAAGAAGUGGCCAUUGGUUAAAUGCUGAACGUAAAUAAAAGAGAACAAGCGAUCAGCAACAACAUGAGAUUUCUGAAACACUUCAGAGUAACAGAACAAGAAGUGAGUCAGUUUGCAAUGCACACAUUUCCGAUGUGAUGACAAGAUUGCUGUUGCUCCUGAACCCGUCCAGAAGAAAUGUUUUUAAUGAUUGUUGUGUAAUAAAAUGGUAUUCGCUUUUCUGUUGAAUUAAUCUGACUGUGGUUUCGUUGAUAAAUCAGCAGCUUUCGGUGGGUUAGUUAAUCAACAAUAUUCUCUUCAAAGCCACACAGACACUUUUAGUUGAAAGAUUCAAGUAAUUAAUGUCAAAGGGUGAUGUCACAGAAGUGUUUUAAUUUAAAAAAAUUAAUACAUCUGUGCUAAUGUUGGAGUGAAAUGCUUUGAGAAUAUAGUUUCAAUUCCUAUACAUCCAAACAGAAUUAAGGGGGGUUGUUACAGACUAACACAGGUAUUAGAAAAUUGAAAAUAUUCUAAUACAAAUUAUAUAGUGUAUAACAUAUUACUAUGGACAAUCGUUUGACAGUGAAUGUCUGUUUUCAUAUCUUGCUUAAUCAAGCUUACCGGUGUUGUAUGGUGAAUGAGGUUUUCUUCACCAUGGGUGUGGUUGCUGCUGAUGCUUGGGGGUGGUCCUUGGGUAGAAGAUUUAAAGUGAGGCUUGUUGUAUGUCUCUUGAAGUAAGGCACACCUGGGACACCUGCUUCACAUCAGAGCGGUCGAAGGAAAAGCAGGACAGUUACUGUAGCCUCAAAAGCAGAGGGCACUCAUUAGAAUGGGUCAGAGACCCUUGUUGUUUCUCUUUCUGGGGGCCAUAGAAAUAACUCUAUGGAUUGGCAUCGCAUCUGACAAUGAUGCUGUGAGGCUGAUGGGUGGAGGCAGUUCCUGUGCUGGAAGAGUGGAGGUUUAUCACGCUGGAGAGUGGGGGAAAGUCUGCGAUCAUAACUGGAACAUUAAAGAUGCUGAAGUUGUGUGUAAGCAGGUGGGCUGUGGCCGCGCUCAGUUAGCACCGCGCAGCGCUCACUUUGGAGAAGGAUCUGGACGCGUCUGGCUGGAUAAUGUUCACUGCAACGGCUCUGAGUCUGCCCUGUGGAACUGCCCUUCCAGCGGGUGGGGUGUGCACGACUGUGGAGUCCGUGAAGAAGCUGGAGUGGUCUGUACAGGCUCUGAAUCCUUGAGGCUGGCUGGUGGAG